GCGACUCGUGCACAGUCUACGAGGUUGGCCUCGGACUGGAGGAAGUUUACCCCUUCGAGGUUCACUUCCAUUUCUCCUGUUGCCCUUCCUAAACCAGCCUCGUGGCCAGCAAAGCUCAAGAAAACCAAGAUGGCCGGAGAUAAGGCCCCGUCGGUACACAGCCUUGACAAGCCGGAAAAGCUUCAGGACCUGUUAAAGCAGGAUCGCGGUGACGACUGUCUGCCUUGCAAAAUCAUGGGAGGAGGAGCCUUCCUUGGACUUGCAGCAUACAGCUACAUCAGUGGUCAAGCGCAGCUUGAGAGACAGAGGGCCCAGAUCAUUAGCAGCAAAUCCAUGUUUGGCAUGCGCAGUCGAAAGUUGGGCAUAACGGGCAUCUCACUGGCCCUUGUUUGGGUGGGCCUUUGGAGACUAGUCAAGUGAGCCCUCGUCUCGAGACGGCUUUCGCAAUCUUCCCUCAGUCCACUGCUGGAGAGAAGGACUGUUCGACGAGGAUGGGUGAUGGUCGCAAUCCCAUUCGACCAGUAUUUCCGCCACCGCCGCAGGCAGCCGACUUAUCGCUCUUACUCGUGUGGGCCUCUCGAGCUUCUUUUCAGACUAAGAUGUCAAAAGACUGCAAACCUAUCUAACCGGGUCGGAGCCGGGAAGCCGUCUAAAGCUGGGAGACGACUUCUUUGUUCAUGACCGUUUGGUUGCGAGGCAAAGAAAGCGUACUGGAACCCCUGUAAAUCAUUGUACUGUACAUAUAUGUAUAUUGAUGACUAUCACUCGCAUCUAUUUUGA